AUACAAUAGGUUUAUCACAUUAUAAUUUUCAAGAUCUAAAUGACAAUUUAUCUGACAAUGAAUCUGAAAAUCUAUAUGAAGGCAACACAUUAACCAUUGAUAAUAAUAAUGACAGUGAGCAGGAAUAUAAUUCAAAUGAAUUGGCUUCAUCACUUGUGAUAGCACUAAAUAAUUCUAAUUUGUAG